GAGGAGAAGGAUAAGAAGGAGGAGAAGGAAGAGGAGGAGGAGGAGGAGAACGAGGAGAAGGGGAAGGAAGAGGAGGAGGAGGAGAACGAGGAGAACGAGGAGAAGAAGGAAAAAGGAGGAGAAGGGGAAGGAAGAGGAGGAGGAGGAGAAGUAAUAGUAGUAGUGGUAGUACUAGUAGUAGUAGUAGUAGUAGUCAAGACCACGAGUGGCUUUAUGCCGGAAAGAAGCAGAAGUCAUAAAGGACCUCUCCUGGGUGGCCCGUAAAAAAGUCGGGAGGGAAAGGGUUGCAAGAAGGGAACCUUAAGGGAGAGAGGCCAUGAGUCAGAGGGGGCGGCCCAAGGCGGGUCCAUCGCGGCUUAAAGCCAUCCCAGGGAAGGAGGGAAGGAAGGAAGGAAGGCAGGAAGGAGGGAAGGAGGAAGGAUGCGGCUGGAGGUGCGGGUGCCCUCGGCGGGGCUGCGGGAAGCCGGCCAGGAGGACAAAGCACGCACGGUAUUUAAGGUGGAGAUUCUGUGCAACGGAAGGAAGCAUUCCAUCGAGAAACGCUACAGCGAGUUCUAUGCUCUUCAUAAAAGGAUCAAGAAGAGAUGCCAGGUUCCGGACUUCCCUCCAAAGCAUGUGCCCAACUGGAUGACCAAGGUUCUGGAGCAGCGGCGUCAAGGUCUGGAAGCCUAUCUUCAGGGGAUCCUUUUGUAUAACAGACGGUUUCCCAAGGAGUUCCUAGACUUCCUGAAGCUCUGGCACUUCCAGCAGGACCCCAAGGACAACCUUUUGGGGGACCUUGUGGACCAUGACAUUUCCCUGGAGGACAACAGCCCCAGUUCUCUACCCUUCCACCGACCUGUUGUGAACUUCAAUAAAGACCCAUACAUCCACUCUUCCUCUUCCACUGAUCCGCUGCCCAACACGGUCCUGGCCGGCGUGCUGCAGAGCCUUUAUUCCCCCGAGACGCUCUUCUGCCUGGAAUCCAAGCUCUUCAUGAGAUCGGGCUUGAGGCCGCAGUGGGCUUUGCCUCCUUUGGAGAUGGAUUCCACUCUUGUGUUUCUGAGCCACUGAAGUGGACACAGCUGACUUAUAAGAUGUCCCUGAACACAGAGAGAUGGGGAACGUCACUCACUUGCAGUGGGAACUUUGCUUAGCUUCACCCAGGAAAA